CUCUCACGAAGAAGGAAGGGAGGAGCAGGAAAAGAACUAUGGCUCUCUUGCGCCUGCUGAUAUUGGCGGCGACCACACUACUUUUUACACACAAAGUGGAGGCUGACCGCGACUUUCACGGUGGAAGACUAGGUGGAGGAAGAGAUGGAAGACUGAGUGGAGACGAUAUCGAUGGUGGAUAUAGUUUAAGUGGCAGGGGUACUGGAGGAGGUGGAAGAGCUGUUCAUGAAGGUGGAGUAAGUGGAUUUGGAGAUGGUCAUGGAGGUGGAGGUGGAGUAAGUGGAUUUGGAGAUGGUCACGGAGGUGGACGAGGAGAAAGUAGAGGAUUUCGAGGAAACGGAGAAUUCGGUGGAGGAAACUUGGAUGGAUACAACGGAGGUGGAGGUGAAAGUGGAGGAAGUGGAACCAUAAGCUUACUUCACGCAGGAGAAGGUGGAUUUGAGAGUGAAAGAAGGAGCGGAUUCAUAGGAGGUAACGGAUUGGAGAGUGAAUUUGGCGAAAGUGGAGGAGUCGACAUUGGUGGAGGCAGCAGUGACAAUGGAUACAGUGGAGACAUUGGUGGAAGAGGAGGAGAAAGUGGAUUCGAAUUUCACGAAUUUGGAAGAGGAAUUGGUAAAGGGAACAAAGAAGGUGGACGAGGUGGAAGAGGCGGAAGUGGCUUUGAAGGUCAUGUAGGUGGAGAAGGCGGACGUGGAUUUGUAGGAAACGACAGGGAUGCAAGUGGAUUUGGUGGAGGCAGCAGGGACGGUGAUUACAAUCGAAACUCCGAUGGAAGAAGUGGAUUUGAGGGUGAUGUUCGAGGUGGAAUAGAAAGAUUUGGAUUUGGAGAGGAAGAAACAAGUGGAUUUAGUGGAAGCAGCAGUGGCCAUGGAUUCAGUGGAAGUGGCAGUGGAGGAGGUGGAAGAAGUACAAAAGAAACUGGAUUCGGAAAGCAUAAAGGUGGAGAAACUGAAAGUGGAUUUAGCAGAGGAAUCAACGACGGUGGAGAAAGUGGAAGAAAUAACAGAGGUAGAGGAGAGGGUGGAUACAGCAGCAGUGGAGCAGAAUUAAGUGGAUUUAGAGAUGGGCACUUGGGUGGAGAAGUAAGUGGAGUUGGAACCCAUGCAGGUGGAAGAGCAAGUGGAGGAAGAAGUCAUGAAGGUGGUGAAAGAAGCAGAGGAAGUGGAUUUGGUGGAGGUAGCGACAGUGGAUAUGAAGAAAGUGGAGUAAUUCAUGGAGUAGGAAUAGAAACUGGUAUUAGUGGAAGUGUUGGUGGAGGACGAUUUGGUGGAAGCGAUGUAGGUGGAGGAAACAUUGGUGGAAGUUCCGUAGGUGGAGAGAGAUUAGGUGGAAGCAGCGACAAUAGUAGAUACAACCAUGGAAAUGACUUUCUAGGAAAUCAAGCAAAUGGAAGGGAAGUGGAUGGAUUUGGAGGUCACUCGAAUGGAGACUUUGACAGUGGAUUUAAAAGAGGUCAUGUAAGUGGAAGAGCAUUUGGUGGAGGCAGUGGUACUGUUGUUGGAUCCAUUGAAGGCAGAAGUAAUGUUGAAUAUACUGUGGGCGGCGUUAUUAACGUAGGCAGUGGUUUUGCAGGUGGAAUAGGCUUUAGUGGAAGCACAGGUGAUAGUGGACAUUCCACUGGUGGAGGAGGUGGAGGUAGAAAGUCAGGGAGAGAAAGCAACUUCGGUGAGAGCGGAGGAAGUGGAUUCGGAAGAGGUGUAGGAGGUGGAUUUGGUGGAGGGAAAAACGACGAUGGAUACAGUGGAGGGAGUGAGGGAACAAGUGGAUUUGGAGGAGGUUACGCAAGUGGAGGAGAAGUGAGUGGAUUUGAGAGUCACUCAGGCACGGGUAGAGAAAGUGGAUUUGGAGAGGGUCAUUCAAGUGGAGGAAUAACAGGUGGAUUUAGAGAUCAUGUGGAUAGUGGAAGAGGAAUCGCCGAUGUGAGAAGUGAGAGUGGAUAUAAUGGAGGCGGCAGUGGAGGUGGAGUAAUAGGCUUUGACGAAAUCAGAGGAGGUGGAGUAGGAGUAAGCAGUCAUGGCGAUGGUGGACAUAUUGGAGAUGGAGGUGGGGAGGGAGGGAGUGGAUUCGUAGGAGGAAAUCAAGGAAGUGGACGUGGGGGAGGAGGUCCAGUGAGUGGAGGCGAUAUUAGUGGCUUCGGUGGGAGCGGAGGCGGAGGUGGAGGGAGUGGCUUUGGUUUAGAGACAGUAGGUGGAGACACGAUCGACGGCGGAUACAGUGGAGGAAGCGUCGGAGGAGGAGAAAUAGAAGUCAGUGGAGGUUUCGGUGGCGGUGAGAUUAGCGGCGUCUUGGGAGGGAGUGGAAAUAUUCUCUCCGGAGUGUUCGUUGGGAGCGGAGUACUCCACGAGAAGAGGCGGAGAGGCAGGUUUGGAUUCCUGGCUGCCAGUGGCCAAAGCGUGGGUAGAAGUCCGAGCGGAGAGAAUGGCCACAGCAGAAGUGAUCAUGACGGCAGUGUCGCGGGAGCUGCCGGGAAAUAUGUCGACGAAGACAACGGAGGCGUUCUGAGCAGCGGAGGAUCUCACAGCACUGGUGGAGGCCAGGGAAUCGCUAGAGGCCACGGCAGUACUGGCGCGGGAGACAACUACGGCGACAGCAAUAAUGAUCAUAGUUUCACAAAGGGUGGAAGCCAAAGACACAUCGGGGGCCCCAUUAGCAUUGAUAGCCACGCGACUGAUGAAAACCAUAGCAUUUCCGGUGGCCACACCAGCGAGGGGAGUAACAGCGCCCAUAACAGCCGCAACAGCAUUACUGACCUCAACGACAGUACUACCAGUGGCAGGGGAAGCAACAGCGCAUAUGACACCAGCAGCAGCGGUGGAAGCCUUGGCAGCAGUAGCAGGAACCACAGAUUUGUCGUUAGGUUCAGUGACAGCAGGCUGGGAGGUAACAGCGCCUAUGACAGCAGCAUCAGCGGCGGCGGCAGCCACUUCAGUCAUGAUAAUAGUGACUACAAUAGAUAAUAGUGAAGGUGUUUAUUUUGGAAAGUGUAUAUAAGUAUUGUAUUUAUAAAUGUAUUAUAUUAAGGUCAGUUUAUGUUGUUUCACUGCAUUUGUAUAAUCUCAGUAGAAACUAACGUUUUAUGAUAACUAUUAAAGUAUUGUAACUUAA